CUGCUUGGGGUCCUCCUCCUGUGGUCUGGUGCUUGCCUCGGAGGGAGCUCUUGCAAGCGGAGGGCUGGAAAGGGAGCGGGGCAAGAUCAAGCAAAGCAACGCCCGGCGGGGCUGGGUUGGACAGUCGGGAGGGAUCGCUUGGCCAAGGCUGUGUGCGGGCGAUCUGCGAAACCGCCUCGAGCUGGGAGGAACAGUCCGAGAUCUGGGGCUUCGGGGAAGACGACGGGCGGCAAGCAGAGCCUUGGAUGGAGCUAGUCGGUGGGGGAGGCUGGCCUUUGGGCCGGGAAGGCCCCCCCCCCCGGCUGGCAUCGCUGUCUAAGCAGCAGCGCCGGCGUCUUCCAGCUCCUCCCAGGAACUCUUGCUCCGGGAGCAGCACUUUCACAAGCAAGGGGUGGCUCUUUCUCGCUUUCUCCAGCACUUUGUGCAGUCCAGGCACCGAUGGGGACUGCACGACUACUCGCACAGUGGCCUUUCGCCGUGGGGUGGCCCCCCAGCCCCAGAACUGUCCGGCAAACGCCUCUCCUGAGUUCGCCAGCCGCCCUGGCUGGAGGAGCGAUGAGGGGCGGCACGAGCUGGAGGAGCCUCCUCGUUCUGCUGGCGGGGCUGGGGGCCGCCAUCGCCCCUUGCCGCGCAGGCCAGAAUCCUCCUCUGCAUCAGGUGAAUGGGAUCCCGGGGGGAUCAGUCCAGCUUUCUGCCGAUAGAUCCUCAGCAAAAGAUGUGUUACAUAUUGAAUGGGACUUUAAUGGCACUUUGGUGAUUGCGGAGUACAAAGCUGGAGCACUGAAGCGACCAAAUCCCAAGGACCGAUUUGGGCCACGACUGGAAAUGGCCGAUGGGUCCGAGCUGGAGAUCAAGAACCUGCAGGUGGAGGACAGUGGAAGAUACAGGUGUCAUGUGACGCUUAAGUCAGGAGAGAUUCAAGAAGCAGCAUUCCAUCUUCUUGUCCAUGAAUUGGUUCCGCCACCAGAGAUAUCCGGCCAUCUAAUUUCCAAGAUGCCGGAUGGAUGCAAUGUGACCCUGCAGUGUCAGGUGCCUGGAAAGGGGGAAUUAAAUGUCUCCUGGAAAAGAGGAGACCUUCCUGGAGAUCUGGAAAGAGGUUUGUCCUGGUACCAGAUCUCCAACCACGGCAGGGAUCUCCACUUGUGGUGGCAACCCAACUCCUCGGACUCCACCUUCACAUGCCUAGUCAGCAAUCCUGUUGACGGGAAGAACGCCUCCGUCAACUUGCUCACCAUCUGCCCAAGUGGAGCGAAUAUUCUAUCGGGAGGAGCUGGACAGAAGAGGUGGCGGUGGCCAAUUGCCAUGGGAUUUACAGUUCUGCUAUCUGCAGCUUUGCUGAUCUGGUGGCAAUGGAUGAGAAGGGAAGUGCCAGUUAUUGCUGAUUCUGAGCUGCAAGGCGUAAGGACCGGAGAAGGAAGGCACCCCCAAGGAGGCAAUGAGGAGGACCAGACUGUGAAACCGACAUGCCUGACAAACUGCAAUGAAGAAGAGUCUGACGCUACCUCUCCCAAUGCCUCCUGAUCUUUCGGAGCAGGACAACAACACGGGUUCCUGGGAGUGAGGCAUCAUUUAAGCAACGAUUUCCAUGGCUUAGCUCCUCCAGAACAUGCAAGUAGGCCCAGGUUCCACCCUGAAACAGGGAGCAAGUGGACUUUAGUAGAUAGGCAUAUUGCGCCAAAAAGGCCUGAGUUCAAAUCCUGCCUCAGAAAGGAAGCACACUAGAAGCCUUGGACUCCUGCUUCUUUGUGUUUUAUGUAUUUUAAUGGGUUAUAUUUUUAGAGAUUUUUAAAAUAUUUAUAUUAUCUGUACUUUUGUAUUUUAAUCAUGUAUUAAUUAUACUGUAAACUGAAAUUUUAAUGAAAAGCGGAAUAAAAAUAGAACAAUGAAUGAAUGGAUGAAUAAAAAGUUUUAAAGUUUAAUUUUUAAAAAUGUAUUGUAUUGGAAUAUAUUAAUAAAUUGUAUUGUAAAUGGGUCAUGCUGGGGAACUUCCUUCGAACCUGUGGUCUUUGCGAGUGUUCCCUCUAACAGGGAUUCCCAGAUCUUGUGGACUACAACUCCAAGAAUCCCCAGCCACAGUUCCCCCAGCACAGUUCGUCUUGUUUUGGCAUAUUCACCUGGGUAAAUGUGGUUUCUGUUAUCAUACACAUAGAAAGUUUGUAUUAUUAUAUUUAUGUAAAAGCAUUUUCCUUAAUGUAUGGUUUAUUCUUUGUUGCAUCAGCAUUUGAAAAGUUUUUGUGGAGCAACUUACACUCCCCUGGAAGAAUUUUAGCAAUGGGGAUUGGAGGAAGUAAUACAGAAACUUUACAGCAACCAGGGUGAAGAUGCUGACUUUGUGAAACUGUUUAGACAUUCACAGUUGGAAAUAAUGGAUUUCUGAUGAAGCAGCAGCGAAAGAAAGAUUUAUCACAAAAUCUUGUUAAAUAUAUACUUAUUGUAUUGUAUUGGUUAUACAUUAUUUACAUUGUAGAAAGUUGAUACAUUUCAUGUUUACAUAAAUAGUUUACAUCUUGUUCAUU